AUGGCGGCUCCCUUGGCCCUGGUGCUGGUGGUGGCUGUGACCGUGCGGGCGGCCUUGUUCCGCUCCAGCCUGGCCGAGUUCAUUUCCGAGCGGGUGGAGGUGGUGUCCCCUCUGAGCUCUUGGAAGAGAGUCCUCAAAGUGACAUCUUUGCUGGAUCUACAUAUAAACCCCUUCCUGGGGGAUGGACAACAAAAAACUCCAUUAAUAAUAUACCUCUUUCAUUUCUUGAUUGACUAUGCUGAAUUGGUAUUUAUGAUAACUGAUGCACUCACUGCUAUUGCCCUGUAUUUGGCAAUCCAGGACUUCAAUAAAGUUGUGUUUAAAAAACAGAAACUCCUGUUGGAACUGGACCAGUAUGCCCCAGAUGUGGCUGAACUCAUCCGAACCCCAAUGGAAAUGCGUUACAUCCCUUUGAAAGUGGCCCUGUUCUACCUCCUAAAUCCCUACACGGUCUUAUCUUGUGUUGCCAAGUCUACCUGUGCAAUCAACAACACCCUCAUUGCUUUCUUCAUUUUGACCACAAUAAAAGGCAGUGCCUUCCUCAGUGCUAUUUUUCUUGCUUUAGCAACAUACCAGUCUCUGUACCCACUCACCCUGUUUGUCCCAGGACUUCUCUAUCUCCUCCAGCGGCAGUACAUACCAGUCAAAGUCAAGAGCAAAGCCUUCUGGAUCUUCUCUUGGGAGUAUGCCAUGAUGUACGUGGGAAGCCUAGUGGUAAUCAUUUGCCUAUCGUUCUUCCUUCUCAGCUCUUGGGAUUUCGUCCCUGCAGUCUAUGGCUUCAUACUUUCUGUUCCAGAUCUCACUCCAAACAUUGGUCUUUUCUGGUACUUCUUUGCCGAGAUGUUUGAGCACUUCAGCCUCUUUUUUGUAUGCGUGUUUCAGAUCAACGUCUUCUUCUACACCAUCCCCUUAGCCAUUAAGCUAAAGGAGCACCCCAUCUUCUUCAUGUUCAUCCAGAUCGCUGUCAUCUCCAUCUUCAAGUCCUAUCCGACCGUGGGGGACGUGGCGCUCUACAUGGCCUUGUUCCCCGUGUGGAGCCACCUCUACAGAUUCCUACGGAACAUCUUUGUCCUCACCUGUAUCAUCAUCGUCUGCUCCCUGCUCUUCCCUGUCCUGUGGCAUCUCUGGAUUUAUGCAGGAAGUGCCAACUCUAAUUUCUAUUAUGCCAUCACAUUGACCUUCAACGUUGGGCAGAUCCUGCUCAUCUCUGACUACUUCUACGCCUUCCUGCGUCGGGAGUACUACCUCACACAUGGUCUCUACUUGACUGCCAAGGACGGCACGGAAGCCAUGCUUGUGCUCAAGUAGACCUGGCUGGGCACAAGGCUGCACAGACUUCCAGGGAUUGGCAAGGCCAGGAGCUGGGCCAUACCUUCUAGCCAGGGCUGCCAGCAGGCUGAAGUCCCAGGUUACAAAUUCCCAGCACCAGAAGAGGGACUGUGGCUAGCAGCAUGGCCUGUGGAGAAGAGCCAGGAGCACCCCCCACUUGGACCCCGCUUUGUGGUUCUCUACAGCAAGGCAGGAAGGGGGGAGCAACGAGGGGAAGGGCUUGUUGGGUUGUGACUACUUAAUAAAUGUUUUGUUAUGAAGUUUA